AUGUCUGAAUCAGCUAAAGACAAGUCCAGUGUUAAACAUAUCGCCGAUAUAGUGGGUGAAUGGGGUAAAUGGCAGUUUCAUUUUGUUGCCUAUUGUUUCAUAUUAUGGUCAUUUGCUGCCAUAAACAAUAUGGGCUACAGUUUUCAUGCCUACAAUAAUGAUUUUUGGUGUAGUGAUGUUCCCAUUGAUUAUCUGAAUAAAACUGAAGAUAUGAAAUGUUUUAAGUUUUUGUCACCCAAUGAGAGCUGCACUGAAUGGCAAUACGAUAGGACACAGUUUGGUAACUCUAUUAUAACUGAAUUUGAUUUAGUGUGUAGUCGAUCAAACUUUGCUUCAAUAUCUCAAACUUUAUUUAUGUUGGGAUACGUAGUAUCGGGUCUGGUGUUUGCCCAUUACUCCGAUAAAUAUGGCAGACGUCCCAUAGUAUGGCUGUCCUUUUCAAUUGAAAUUUUCGGCAUAUUAUUGUGUGCUCUGUCAACAAAUAUUUAUUUUUAUUCAUUUGCAAGAUUUUUAGUAGGAAUGGGUAGCUCUGGUCGAGGAAUGACUAUAUAUAUAAUUAUGCUUGAAUGCAUUGGCUCUAAAUAUCGGUCAGAUGUUAGUCUAUUAGGAGGAGUUGGCUGGCUUUUAGGCUACGCAAGUAUACCCGGACUGGCCUAUUGGCUACAAGAUUAUAAAUAUCUACAAUUAAUAUCAUUGGUUCCAUUAUCUACAAUGUUUAUCUGGUUUUAUUGGUUUUACGAAUCACCCCGUUGGCAGAUAACUGUUGGACAGUUAGAUAAAGCAGAGGUAACACUGAAAAACGCAUUGAAAUUAAAUGGUAAAAGCGAUGUAAAUCUAAAGCAAAAAAUAAAAAAAAUUAAAAUCAAGACCCAAACAGAGGGCGAAUCUCAAAGAAAUUACACGGCUUUGGAUUUAGUUAAGACACCACUUCUCCGUAAAAUAAGUUUUAUAUUGUGGUAUACAUGGAUUGUUGAAGCACUUCUCUAUUAUGGCUUCAGUUUAAAUAUAGGUGACUUUGGCGGCAAUUUUUACAUAACGUUCCUAUUGUCAGGACUGGUAGAACUGCCGUCACAGAUAUUGUGUGUAUUUCUACUCCGAGUUAUGGGUCGCCGAACUCUAUUCUCACUAUUUUUGUUUAUGACGAGCGCCUCAUGUUUUGCAAUCAUCCCUUCCCAGUCUGAUUGGCUUAAAGUUACUUUUGCAUUGAUGGCAAAGUUUGGUGUCAACAGUGCCUGGAAUGUUAUGGCUAUUCACGGACCUGAACUCUAUCCAACUGUCCUCAGACAACGAGGACAGGGAAUGGCAUCGGUUUUCUCUAGGAUUGGUUCUAUUAGUUCUCCUUUUAUGAGAAAUUUGGCUGCAAACACUAGUCUAGCGGUGGUUAUGAUAUUGUAUGGUUUACUUUCAUUAGUCAGUGCACUAUUGGUAUUACUUUUACCAGAAACUAAAGGACGCGAAAUACCCGAUACUAUAGAAGAGGCGGAAAAUGUCUUA